AUGCGUCUUUUACCACCAGAAUUGGCGAAAAUCGCGCGCGAAGAGUUAAAUGAAUUCCCAGAACGUAUUCCACAGGAUCUAAUUAUAUUGCGCACCUGGAUAUAUCAACAACGUCACUUACGUGCACGUACGUCAGCCGACUUCCUGAUUGCGCUCCUACGGCGCUGUCGCUACAGUUUAGAACAAACAAAGCAGCGCAUUGACGAUUUCUUCACAUUUCACAGCACAUAUCCAGAAAUUGUAAUGCAUCGACGUGUAACAGAGAAAAUCUUGACUAUAAAUCGUUUAGGAAUACAGUACUUCCCAGAAUUUCCCAGAUGCAGCGAUCAUGCUGCCAUAAUGAUAUCCCGUAUGGGCGACUGUUGUCCUAAGCGCUACCACAUGCGUGAAAUAAUGGCAUACGAUUCGAUGGUUAUGGAAUUGAUAGCACUGGAAAAUGACAAUGCCGCCAUUGUGGGGAUUUGCCAGAUCUUGGACAUGACUAAUAUGAAUGUUGAACAUGCGGCGCAAUUAGAUAGUGGACUGUUUAGGAAAUGGUGGUACUGGACGAAUUAUUGCUGUCCAUUGCGCAUAAAUGUGAUCUAUUGUUUGAAUGCACCAAAAGAAAUACAAAACUGGAUGACGUUAAUGAAGACAUUACAUGCUAGAAGAGAAACGUUUCCCCCGAUGUUUAUGGUUAAUUCUUUGGAGGAACUUUACAAAUAUAUACCGCAAAAAUGCUUACCAGAGGAAUAUGGUGGCUUAAAUGGUCAUCUACAUGAAUGCGUAUCGUAUACGGAGGAUUUGCUAAAGAGUUAUCGUGACUAUUUUGAAGAUGAAGGAAAUUAUGGCACUAUUGAGCCGCUGCGGCGUGGGGAUAUAGUGCCGUAUGAGGCCGAGUUUGGCGCAGAAGGCAGCUUUCGCAAAUUGAUGAUAGAUUAA